ACAUGGGACUUUUAUUUUGAAAACACACUCGCGUGCGCAAUAACCCGGAAGCAGAGGAUAUGGUGUUUUGAUAUUUUUAUACACGCGUGUUCUUCUCUCUCUUACCAAACCUGCCUGCUACACUGUGCAGGCAGUAACGUUAGAUGUUUGCUCUGGCUGAGGAGGAGGAUGUUCCCUAGAGCUUAUAUCUUCUCCCAUAAAGAUGGGCCAGCUGAACAUUUAUCCCAGCACAUUCUACCUCACACUGUGUCCCAGCAACAGAGAAUUGAAGCCCAUCUGAAUGAAACAAACGUCACUGGUCCACCGACAAGUGUUCCUCGUUUCAUUCCGACUUACCAAUGGACACCAGCGGAACUGCCGGAUGUUUCUUGCAGUCCAAAUGGAGUAACAGGAAGCAACAGAAAGAGAAGGAGACCCAAUCAGAGUCAGAAUGACCUCAAGAAACAGCGCUUCACUUCUCCAGGUCCUAGCAACCAGCCUGCCAGAAAUGCCAACUUUACCUCCCAACCGGUGGCUGGACCAGUGACAGGCAGAGAAGCGUGUAAUUCUCAUUCCAGUGACCCAACAUGCUCAUCUCCCACCUCUAAACCAGGAGGCUGUGUGCCAUCUCUGAGAGAGGGAUCCCAUCAGAGCACUUUCAACCCAUCUUCUGUCAAUGAUAAGCUAAGUCAGCAGAUUCUCAACCUGUUUCAUGCUUGUGAGCAACAGAAUGAUGAUCUGGAGAAGAAGGAACAUUGCAGAGCAGCGCUGCAGAGGGAUAUCCAGACAAUCUUCCCAGGUGCACAAGUCUUCUUGGCCGGGUCAUCUCUAAAUGGCUUUGGUAGUCGCACCAGUGAUGCUGAUCUUUGUCUUGUCAUCGAAGAGGGAGCAGUAAACCACAGAACUGAUGCGGUAUAUGUUCUUAGUCUUGUGCGGACAUUGUUUUACAAGCUGUCUUACAUUGAGAGGCCUCAGCUCAUCAGAGCCAAAGUGCCCAUUCUGAAGUUUAGGGACAGAGUCAGUGGUGUAGAGUUUGACUUGAACUUCAACAACACUGUUGGUAUCAGAAACACCUUCUUACUGCGGACGUAUGCCUAUGUCGAAAAACGUGUUCGUCCUAUCAUCCUUGUAAUAAAGAAAUGGGCCAGUUACUACUGCAUCAACGAUGCCAGCCGAGGAACGCUGAGCAGCUACACAUUGGUUCUUAUGGUCCUGCACUACCUUCAGACCCUUCCCGAUCCUGUCAUUCCAUGCCUUCAAAUGGAUUAUCCAGAGUGCUUCAACCCUAAGAUGGACAUUCAUCUUGUGCCAAGUGGACCAAGCAAUAUUCCGGCCUUUGUGUCUAAAAACCAAUCGUCACUGGGAGACUUGCUCUUGGGUUUCCUGAAGUACUAUGCCACUGUUUUCAAAUGGGAUAAGUAUGUGAUCUCUGUGCGCGAGGCAAAAACUUUCCCCAAGACCAGCUGCCGAGAAUGGAGAGAGAAGUUCAUCUGUGUGGAAGAACCAUUUGAUCGUACAAACACAGCCAGAGCAGUUCAUGAGAGAAUUAAGUUUGAAGCCAUUAAAGCACAAUUCAUAAAGUCCUACCAGGUUCUGCAGCAGCGAAAAGAUCUCAACUUCAUCCUGCCCCUCAAAAACACAAGACCAAAAAGAUAGCAAGACUUUAGGCUGCCCUCAGAUAAGUAAGAAUAAACAUACCGAAUGGAUUAAACCUGGCGUCUUCAAAUACCAUUUGGACAUUGUGAGAAGAAAUGCUUUAGACUUUUACAGAGGGCUUUUGGGUAUACUGGACAUUUUGGAAUGUGUUGAGCCAAAUCCAUUGAGCUGACGGGGAUAUAAUCAGAUCGUCCCUGAGCAUCAGUGUCUAUGUCUGAGAUGUACAUGUAAUGUCAGACACUGAGCAAUAUCUUUUGCCCAUAUAGUACACAGUUUGUAUUCAGGAAAUGAAUUUACUGUUUCAAAAGCAUUUAUUCUCUGAGCAAUUUUGGGUUUAUUAGCUAUUAAUCCUUUUCCAGCUCACUGAAUUUAAUUAAAGCAAAACAGCAACAAAAGAAAAAAAUUCUAAUCUUGCUUUAUGCACAACUUUUCUGUGAUCUUUGUUUUCCCCAAAAACCCCAAAUUGUAUAUUUAAAAAAAAAAAAAAAUUAGAAAUAAAACGCUUUUCUUUCUGGCAAUUGAGUACUUUUACCUGAACAUUUUCAGUGGUUGGUUUUCUAUUUGUUUCUUAUGUUCUGUCAUGUUUGUAUAGUUUGUACAGUCUUUUAAAUGUUUAUUUAAAUGAUUAAAAUGUCACUAUGGAAUUGUA